CGGCGCCGCCGCCGCCAUGAGCAAGGGCCCGGGGCCGGAGCCGGGGCCGGGGCCGGGGCCGGAGCCGCGCCCGGAGCCCGGCCCGCCGCCGCUGCCGCUCCGCCACGGCGACCCCGCGGCCGCGGGGCCCGGCGCGCCCGGCGGGCUGUUCGCCUGGCUGCGCGGGCGCUGCCUGGGCCGCGGCGCCGCCGUGGACCCGGCGCGGGAGGCGUUCGGCGCCAUGACCGGGCUGUACGGCGCCAUCCAGCCCGCCGACUCCGUGUGCCUCAGCACCCGCACGCACGGCGCCGUCUUCAACCUCGAGUACUCGCCCGACGGCUCCGUGCUGACCAUGGCCUGUGAACAGACUGAGGUCCUGCUCUUUGACCCAAUCUCUUCAAAGCACAUCAAGACUCUCUCUGAAGCUCACGAAGACUGUGUAAAUAACAUCAGGUUCCUGGAUAACCGGCUGUUCGCCACGUGCUCCGACGACACCACCAUCGCGCUCUGGGACCUGAGGAAGCUCAACACCAAAGUGUGCACGCUGCACGGCCACACCAGCUGGGUCAAGAACAUCGAGUACGACACCAACACCAGGCUGCUGGUCACCUCGGGCUUCGACGGCAACGUCAUCAUCUGGGACACCAACAGGUGCACAGAGGAUGGCUGUCCCCACAAGAAGUUCUUUCACACCCGCUUUCUGAUGCGAAUGAGGCUGACACCAGACUGUUCCAAAAUGCUGAUCUCCACCUCCUCCGGUUACCUUCUGAUUUUGCACGACCUUGACCUGAACAAGUCCCUAGAGGUUGGCAGCUACCCGAUCUUGCGGGCCAGGAGGACCACGUCGAGCUCAGACAUCACGUCGUCAGGCUCCUCUGGCCCUCGAGCUGUGGGUUCACCGUGCCACCAGAACAACUCAGGGCCGCCCUCGGAGAAAACCUUGUCACGGCCCUCCCAGCGAGAAGGGGGAUCACCUAGAAACAGCCUCGAGGUGUUAACACCAGAGGUUCCUGGAGAAAGAGACCGUGGGAACUGCAUCACGUCGCUGCAGCUGCACCCCAAGGGCUGGGCCACGCUGCUGCGGUGCUCCAGCAACACAGAUGACCAGGAGUGGACUUGUGUCUAUGAAUUCCAGGAAGGAGCCCCGGUGCGCCCCGUGUCGCCGCGCUGCUCCCUGCGCCUGACGCACUGCAUCGAGGAGGCCAACGUGGGCCGGGGCUACAUCAAGGAGCUGUGCUUCAGCCCCGACGGCCGCAUGAUCUCGUCCCCGCACGGCUUCGGCAUCCGCCUGCUGGGCUUCGACGCGCAGUGCAGCGAGCUGGUGGACUGCCUGCCGCGGGAGGCCAGCCCGCUGCGCGAGAUCCGCUCGCUCUACUCCCACAACGACGUGGUGCUCACCACCAAGUUCUCCCCCACGCACUGUCAGAUCGCCUCGGGGUGCCUUAGCGGACGCGUCUCCCUGUACCAGCCAAAGUUCUAGGCACGGCCGCGGCCCUGCGGAUGGACGUUCGUGGGUUCCACGUGCGCCGAGUGAAGCGCGCUCUCUCCCAACCUCCCGCUGCGAGGAGGUGGCGGCUGCCGCGGUCUCGGGACGCGCCGUGCGAGGAUUUUCCAGGCCAGCAGCGAGCGGAUCUCGGUCCUGCCUCCGUGAGCCCACAGCCCAGCCCAGCAGACCUGUGCUCCUGCUGAUCCCGUGCCACCGGGCUGCUGUCCUGCUGUGUUUGUACCCUGGUACUUGAUCGAUUCCUUCAGCACAGCUCCCAUGGGCUGUCGGAGCAGCACGGACGGGCAGGGUGCCCAGGAGGAGCUGGACUGCCUCACCUCUGCUUCCUCUUCUGUCACUGAAGCAACUCUGUGGUGAUCAGUAGAUGCGGCCUGCUUGUCUACAUAAGCAACACGGUUAGUUACUCUCACCAAAAAAAAAAAAAAAAAGAAAAGAAAAAUGAAUUUUGCUUUAAUUUCUAUGUUAAUGUGGUUGUCAUUGGCUAGAAGGAUAAGUCCUGGUGUGGCUUAGGCUGGCAGGGGCCACUGGAGGCCCCCAGGCCCACCCCUGCAUGGCAGGCUCCCCCUGAGCCCACCCCUCAGCGCUAGGGAGGACCCUGGCCCAGGGGAUCUCUCUGGGUUCGUGCAGCAGGGCAGCUCUGGGCCCUCUGCCAGGCGUCUGUCGCAGGGGGCUGGCCACAUCAUCCCACAUCUGAAUCAUGCUGGCUUCUCGCUGAUGUUUGGGUGUUUCCCACCUGGCUGUUUUUCCACACACACUUGGCCUACACUCUGGCUGUGGAGAAAUUAAUUUGGAUGUGUCCCUAAUAUUGCCAGGUGAGCCUUUCUUCACAUGUGCUGUCAGUUUGGGAGAGCAUCAAAAGCAAACCUGUCAUCAGUGGGAUCUACCUGGCUCUAAGCAGGCUUAUCAUCAGGUGUGGAACACUGCAGUGCUCACCCUGAGAGGGUCUGGAGGGGAAGCUGUGUGAGGAGCAGCUGAGAUCGCCUUUGGAGCUGGGAGGAGUCUGAGAUGAGAUCUCAUGGUGCUCUUGAACAUCCUCCUGUGGGCAGUGGAGGGGCAGCUCUGGUCUCUUCCCUGCCGUGACAGCAGCCAGGGCAGGGCUGGGGCUGGGCCAGGGCAGCUCGGGCUGGAUUUUGGGAAAGGCUCUUCCCCAGAGGUGCUGGCACUGCCCAGGCUCCCCAGCGAGUGGGCACGGCCCCGAGGCUGCAGAGCUCCAGGAGGGUUUGGGCAGCGCUCCAGGGAUGCCCGGGGGGAUCUGGGGGGUCUGUGCAGGGCAGGGGUGGGACUGGCUGAUCCUGUGGGUCCCUCCGGCUCAGGGGAUGCUGUGAUUGUGUGGUCACACCCAGAGUAUGAAUGCCAGACUUCAGCCCUUGAGUUAAUAGAGCUAACCUUGUAAAUGCACAGGUAUUGUGCAUCCAUAUCAGUUGAUAAUGUUCUCAUCACUUACAUGUUCCAAGAUGAGGGUUUUUUAGUAUUUCACUGCAGUUUUGCAGACUAGUCACACUCUAAGUUCAGCAGGGAACUUUACCUGAAAGGACUGUCACCUGCUGGUGUUCAGGUACACUCUCUCUGGCUCAGCGGAGCACACUUGUUCAAAGCUGACUCUUACAAAGCCUUUUGCAAAAUGUGUUUGGGGAUAAAGACAACAUUUAUGGACGUGAGAGAGCUGGAAAGGUAAGCCUGAGGACCCUCCUGUAGCUCUGUGUUUAUGUGGGUAGUAUACCCCGGUGUGGGUGCAGAAAUCAUUGAAAUUUAAACCUCUGCAUUAUGAGAGAAGAAAAUCCCAAGUUUCCUCUUUUGGAGAAUUUCUUUGGUAAUAUGAAGCCUUCAAUUUCGAGUGUGGGUACUGUGGGGGCUAACACCCCUUCUGCUGGCCUGAGCCUGCACAUUGGGCAGGUGGAUCUGCAGCGCUGGGAAAGCGCUCAGAACUUCCCUUGGUGUGGCUCAACGCCCUGGGAGUGAAGUGUGCAGGAAACUUGGGAACAAGAAUGGGAUACAGGAUUUUUAUGCAAAGGAAGAGCUACCAGGAGUUUGUAUGGGCCAGGCUGUUUGGGGAAAAAAAGCCCAGGUCCUGCCCAGGACUGCAGCAGCUUUUCCCCAAGCAUGUGCUGUCCCACUGCCAGGCUACUGUUUUCUCACCUUAUUUAAUGUUUUAUUACACAUCAUGGAAGGGACUGCAGGGACACUUGAGAGAACCUUGGCGUUCUCUGGGCUUGCACAGUGUUUGUUUUGGAGGUGAAGGAGCACCCACAGGACCGAGGCGGUUCUUGGGUGGGUCUGUCUGUUUCCAAGGCUGUUUUUGUUUUUGCUGUCAGAACCUCCUCAGACUGGUGGAUCCCUAGUGACUGUAACGCUAUGCCUGUGAAUAUGCACUGAGUGUUACCUUUUUGAUUCUACCUCAUGAUACGCUGUGUUUUACACCAGUAUUGUGCUGAGCUUUGGACACUCACCCUGUGCAGAGGACCAUUACCCGAAGUGACAGGUGUGUGACAGGUGUGUCACCGCUCCUCCACAGCACCUGUGGCUGGCUGGCAGCUCACCUGGUGGGGGGCUUUGGUCACCUUGAUGCUUCUGUAGCGUGUCCAGCAGAUGCAUAAAACAACAGAAUCAGUACAUGUAUGCUGUAGAAACGUUACUUAGUUUUUCUGAUGACAUUUGUAAUAAGUUUGAGUUAGAGUAAGUAGGUAGUCUUAGAUUUUGGUCAUUCGACUGAUUACUCCUUUUCAACAAACUUGGAAGUUUUCCAUGAAGGCUUUACCGUGUUUUACCUGCGAAGUUCACUUCUCAGUGGCUUACAGCUGACAUGCCUCACGGUCAUGUGGUGGUGCAAGUGUUUUCAGUUCUCUCUCAGUAGCAUUACUGAAACAAUGAAGUUAUGUGUUGGUGAGCUUCAGGUUAUUUCUAGGUAGUCAAACAAAAAAAAAAGUUUAUCUUCUACUUGUGUUUCAAAAGUUGAAUGCUCGACCUCGAGAAGUGUAUAAAACUGUGAAACAACCGUAAGGGAACAUUUCCACGGGGGAUGGACUGUGCUGGCAGAGGGGUGGCUCACACCAGGGGUGUCUGUGACCCGGUGUGGCAGCGCUGGAUAAAUUCCACGGCGUUUCUCACUCGUGGCACCACCACGGAGCCCCGCGGGGACGUUGCAGCGGCCGCGGGAGCCGGGGCGGUGUCGGGGCUGGUUCUGGUUCUGGUUCUGCUCUGUCCCAGGGCAUUGUCAGGGCUGGUUCUGCUCUGUCCCAGGGUGGUGUCAGGGCUGGUUCUGGUUCUGCUCUCUCCCAGGCGGUGUCAGGGCUGGCUCUGCUCUGUCCCAGGCGGUGUCACGGCCGGCUCUGCUCUGUCCCAGGGCAGUGUCACGGCCGGUUCUGUUCUGUCCCAGGCGGUGUCAGGGCCGGUUCUGCUCUGUCCCAGGCGGUGUCAGGGCUGGUUCUGGUUCUGCUCUCUCCCAGGCGGUGUCAGGGCUGGCUCUGCUCUGUCCCAGGGCAGUGUCAGGGCUGGCUCUGCUCUGUCCCAGGGCAGUGUCACGGCCGGUUCUGCUCUGUCCCAGGUUCUCCUGUCCCAACCCAGCUGUGCCGUGCCGUGCCCAGGGCUGGCACCACGCGGGGCUGCUGCUCCCGGGUCACGCAGGGCCGGCACUGUGGCACCGCGGGGAUACAGGACAAGCACAGCGGUGCCCCCACACACACACACAGGAUUGUUUGCACUCGUGGAGUCUUGGGGUAAGGACAGCUCGAUGCCUACUACCAGAAUUAGAAUGUAAACAUCAGCUUUUGCGGGGAGGGGGGAACGGGUCUUGGUUAAUUUAGUGGGGUUUGUUUCUGUUUGUGUUGUGAUUUUUAUUUGGGUAGCACUAAUGUGGAGAAGGUUCUGACAUCGUAAUACAUGGGUCUUUUGCUGUAGGACAUAUAAACUCCUAGAAAAGAAAUAAAUACACUUGCCAAAUGAAAGCUUUCAAAAAAUGUAGUUUAAAAGAUUGUAAGAAGUUGGAGAGAAAGGAAGAACUCAACGACCCAUCAUGUUUUUAGCCUGCAGGAAACAGAAACUUCUCAUUGGCUGAUCUUAGUUAAAGGUGCAUUUUCUAAAGCACUAAAUAUCCUCAGUUAAGUAUAAGGUUUUUAAUACAGAAACAAAUUGUGCAUGUAGAGUAUUUUGAAAUACCUGAGAUUUCAUAGUAAAAACUGUAGCCUUUUAAUACCGUAUAUGAAGUAUCAGAACUGCUUUGGAAGUAUUGUACUUACAGCCGUACAGUAACUUACUAUUUGUGGACAGUUUCUCUUGCUUGCAUAAUAAACAUUUAAUAAUUCACUGAA